CAGUGGCCAUGGCUGCCCUGCCGCGGCUCCUCAUUCGCGGGGGCAGGGUGGUAAAUGAGGACCGCUCUCAGCUAGCAGAUGUGCUAGUGGAGGAUGGCGUAGUGCGGGCUUUGGGGCCUGACCUCCUGGCGUCUGGAACUUCUGCCGAGGGUUUGCGGAUCCUCGAUGCCACCGGCAAGCUGGUGCUGCCCGGAGGCAUCGACACUCACACGCACUUGCAGUUCCCUUUUAUGGGAACACAGUCCGUCGAUGACUUCUAUCUGGGGACCAAGGCAGCUUUGGCUGGAGGCACUACCAUGAUUAUUGAUUUCGCCAUACCUCAGAAAGGCUGCUCCCUCAUUGAGGCCUUUGACAAGUGGAGAAGCUGGGCAGAUCCCAAAGUUUGCUGUGACUAUGCACUUCAUGUUGCAGUUACAUGGUGGAGUGACCAGGUCAAAGAAGAAAUGAAAAUUCUAACACAAAAUAAAGGGAUUAACUCUUUCAAGAUGUUUAUGGCUUAUAAAGACCUGUACAUGGUUAGAGAUGAAGAGCUUUAUGCAGCUUUUUCUCAGUGCAAGGAAAUUGGAGCAAUUGCUCAAGUCCACGCUGAGAAUGGAGACUUGAUUGCUGAGGGGGCAAAGAAGAUGUUGGCUUUGGGAAUAACAGGUCCUGAGGGCCACGAGCUGUGUCGUCCAGAAGCUGUAGAGGCAGAAGCCACUCUGAGAGCCAUCACUAUAGCUAAUGCUGUAAACUGUCCACUCUAUGUUGUACAUGUGAUGAGCAAGUCUUCAGCUAAGAUAAUAGCUGAUGCGAGGAGAGAAGGAAAGGUGGUCUUUGGGGAACCUAUAGCUGCUAGUCUUGGAACAGAUGGGACUCACUAUUGGAAUAAAGAAUGGCAUCAUGCUGCCCACCAUGUCAUGGGACCCCCGCUAAGACCAGAUCCUUCAACUCCUGAUUUCCUUAUGAAUCUACUGGCUAAUGAUGAUCUUACCACAACUGGGACAGACCACUGCACUUUCAAUACCUGCCAGAAAGCACUUGGGAAGGAUGAUUUCACCAAGAUCCCUAAUGGGGUCAAUGGAGUUGAGGAUCGAAUGUCAAUCAUAUGGGAAAAGGGUGUGCAUAGUGGCAAAAUGGAUGAAAACCGAUUUGUUGCUGUUACCAGCUCUAAUGCUGCUAAAAUCUUUAAUCUCUUCCCAAGGAAAGGAAUAAUUGCCAUAGGAUCUGAUGCUGACAUUGUUAUUUGGGACCCAAAAGCAACAAGGACUAUUUCUGCAAAAACUCAUCAUCAAGCUGUUAACUUCAAUAUAUUUGAGGGAAUGGUCUGUCAUGGGGUACCCCUUGUGACUAUUUCAAGAGGCAAGGUGGUAUACGAAGCUGGAAAUUUUAAUGUCAGUGCAGGAGAUGGAAAAUAUAUUCAUCGGAAACCAUUUGCUGAAUAUGUUUACAAAAGAAUCAAACAGAGAGAUCAGACUUGCAUACCUGUCCCUGUGGAGCGACUCCCUUACAAAGAGGAAGUGAUUUUGUUAAAGGGCAGUGGGAAAAAAGAAGCUUCAGCACCUGUAACCAGGAAAAAGGCCCAUCACUAAGGCUUUGUUUUAGCACUCUCAGGUUAAAAAAAAAAGCCAGAGGAAAGGGACCCAGAAUAUCAUACCUUCAGCUGAUAAGUCAUGGUCUUAUCUAGAAACACACAGUUAAUAUCACUACUUAAGGAUUUUCUUGAAAGAAUAAUUACAAUGGAACUUUUGUUCUCUCAGAAGUAAAGAUUGCUGGAAUUUUAUGCAGAAUCAAAUUAUAGACAUAAAUGAAGAUGAUGAUUUUGGAAAUUUCUGUAUGAAAGUUAACCAGGAAUCAUUUGGAAUAGUGUUAUUACUUGUAUCAAACAUUUUAAUUUUAUGAAUAGAAGUUAUAUCAUAUUCAGGAUAUAUCUGUCAUGAAAAGCUCCUUUCAUUAUAAGUAAUAAAAAUUUUUAGAUCCUCA